AUGGAUGAUAUCAAAGAAAAAUUGGAAAUACCGUUAAGCAAAUUGGAAAUUUUACAUAAUGAAUAUCGUAAUAUUAUUGCAUCUGGUAAUUUAAAUAAUUAUAAAAGUGCUGAACGUAUGGGUAAAAUGUUAUGGUGCUCUGAUUUAGCUAAAUUAGCAGAAUUAAAUGUUUUAACAUGUGAAUUUAAACAUGAUAAAUGUCGUAAUACAAAAAAAUUUCCAUAUUCUGGACAAAAUUUAGGUACAUGGCUUAGUAAUAUUGAAAUGGAAACAAAAGGAAAUUUAUCAUUAAAUUAUUUUUUACCAAUUAUUGAUGAUUGGUUUAAUGAAUAUAAAAAUGCUAAUAUGAAUUUUAUUAAUAAAUAUCAGAUAACAAAAGAACAAAUUGGACAUUUUACGGUAAUGGUUGCAGAUAAAAAUAAUUGUGUUGGUUGUUCAAUGAUUAAAUUUAAAAAAGAUAAUUUAUAUCGUAUUAAUAUUGCAUGUAAUUAUGCAUGGACUAAUAUAAUAAAUUAUAAAAUUUAUAAAUCUGGUGAUGUAGCAUCAAAAUGUCAAACAAAUACAGAUGAACAAUUUCCAGCUCUUUGUAGUAUAAAUGAAAUUUAUAGUCAAAAUCCAAAUGAAGAUUAA